AUGGAGAUUGCAAUUGGCGAGGACGAGUGGGAUCGUAUCUUGCUGGCACAAGGAAUAAAAGACGAGGGAGGCAGUGUGAAGANNAAAGGCAAGGUGUUGUGGACAAAGGAGGUUUAUGGGGCUUUGGGGUAUACGCUUAAUGCUAUUGAGGCUGAGGGGGUGAAGAACAAGGAGAUGGCUGAGAAGAUGGUUGCUAUUAUUGACAAAGAGAAGGAACUGGCCGAGGUUGAGAGGAAGGAGAGGAAGAGGUUGAAGAAUGAGGAGAGGAGGAAGAGGAAGACUGCAGCUCACGAUACGCCUGGGCAGAGCAAGACAUAA